AUGGAGGCGAUGGAGCAGCUCGAGGAGGCGGAGGCUCACCGUGAGGAGUUGGGUGCAGACGCGCUCGAGGCCGCGAUCGGAAUCGGCCUCGGCGGCGAGGGAUCGACCUUGGGCUCGGGCGCGGGCUCGAUGAUCCUCUCCAUCACGCUGCCCAUCCCCGCCGGCUGCUUCACGCCCAUCUUCGUCCUCGGCGGCACCACCGGCCGCCUCUACGCCGAGCUGCUGCACAGGCGCGCCGGCGCUGACUCGGCGCUCGUCGACUAUGACGGCGACGCGCUGCCCGCCGCGGUGGUCGCCGUCGUCGGCGCCGCCGCGCUCGUCGCGGGCAGCACGCACACGCUCUCAACCGUCGUGAUGGUUCUUGAGCUGACGGGGCAGCAGACGUUGCUGGGGCUGCCGUACAUGCCUCACUUGCGCACCAAGCAGAUGGUUGGCAAGGCAGCGGCGGACAUCAUGCGGCCGACCGACGCGGUGGCGGAGGCCGCACAAAAGGAGAUGAUCAACAGCUGGCGCGGCGCGUGGAAGGGAGAGCUGCCGCUCCUCCAUCCUUCCCACAACCUCAAGCGGUCCAUGCUCGGCGUCGCGUGCGCCGUCGGCGUCGUCGCAACCUUCGGCACGCCGAUCGGCGGCGUCCUCUUCUCGAUCGAGGUGACGUCGACCUACUACAUGGUCUCAAACCUGUGGCGCUCCUUCCUCGGCUCCUUCUUCUCGGUCGCCGCCUUCCAGCUCUUCGCCGGCCUCGAGCUCAUCUCGGCGGUCCCUAACACCCGCUUCGCCUACACGGCGCGGCAGCACGUCGCGCGCGACUACGUCGUCUUCCUGGGCGUGGGCGUGCUGCAGGGCCUGCUCGCUGCCCUCCUCGUCCACCUCCUCACCACCGUGCACAAGGGACUCCGCUCCCUCUCCCUGCUCAAGCCCGCGCCGCGCCGCUUCGCCACCGGCCUCCUCGUCUGCGCCGUCUGCACCACUCUCGGCAUCGCCUUCCCGCCCCUCGGCAUGACCAACCACCAGGCCCUCUCCGGCCCCCUCACGCGCGAGCCACCCCGGCAUCUGCUUCACGAGACAUCGCUCCUGCGUAGGCCAUCGCUCUCUGGCGCGGAGAGCCGCACACGCACACCGUCUGGAGGCCAAACCUAG